UAUGUAUGUAUAUGCUUCUUUCUAACUUUUUGUUCUUCAAAUUUCAUUUAUGAAUUUGAAGAUAUAAAGUUUUGAUAACACAGGUGUGGUGAGAGAUGGGUGCUUCAAAGAAAUGGAUGAAAACAUUAUUUAGUUUGAAGAAAGGCAAUAAAUCAAAGUAUCCAGAGAAUGAUGAAAAUAAUUCUGGAAGUACCGGCAAGAGUUGGCACCAAAGGAGGGAGCACUCUGUUGAAACCGAUGACGACGACGUAUCCGAAAAUGAAUUAAAUCAAAAUAAGGUUACCGAAAUUGAAGACGAAAUUUGGCACAGAGGGGAGAAUUCAUUUCUUGAUAAUAAUAAUAAUUAUAAUAUACCCGAAAACGAGUUGUAUAAUAAUCAUAAUGCGGUUGCUGAAAUCGAAGACGAUUCGGAAAUUUGGCACCACCAAAGGGACCAGCACUCUUUUGUUGAUGACAAUGAAGCGCUUGAAAACGAGUCGAAUCGAAAUUUGGUACUUGAAACCGAAGAUGCUAAUUCGUUAAUUUGGCCAGAAGGGGAGCGCUAUUUGGUUGAUAACGUUGUAAUCGAAAAUGAGAUUAAUCAAAAUCAUGUUGUUGAUGAAAUGAUCGAAGAUACCAAAGACGAACGCUCUCAUGAGUUGCAUUUAGAAUCGGCGAAGUCACCUUCGACUUCACUUCGCGAGCAAAAAACGGAACUUUUUCGAGAGAGUUUGACGGAUGAAUCUGCAGCCAUACAUAUCCAGUCGGCUUUUCGACGAUUUUUGGUACCCAAUUUAUGCUUUUUUCUUUUUCUUUUUCUAGACUAUUUAAUCACUUGCUAG